AUGGCGACCAAGGUCAAUUUCAAGACAACUUUUGAAGUUGCCAAGACCAUUCAGCCAAUCUACACCGGCGGCGAUAUAUCUGGCAAUUCCGACGGCUCACUGAUCGCUACAUGCGUCGAUGAAGAUGUGCUGGUGGUGGACACGAUAUCAACGGCGGUUCUCUGCCGGAUUGAAGGGGAUGGAGAACCCAUUACGAACGUAUGCCUGUCGCCGGACAGUUCACAUCUUGUGAUUUCCUCGAGAUCUCUAUCCCUGCGCAUUUACACCCUUUCGAGAUCUGCUGACACCGACGACAUCUCAUUUUCACUUGUGAGAACGCUGAAACCUCACACCACUCCGGUUGUCUCUUCUGCCAUCGAUGCCACUAGUUCCCUACUCGCAACAGGUGGCGCGGACGGUAGUUUAAAGGUAUGGGACGUCCGAGGUGGAUAUGCCUCGCACACAUUUCAUGGACAUGGAGGUGUCAUAUCUGCGUUGACCUUUUUCAAAAAGGAGUCAAGCAAAACUGGCUCACAGGCAAUAAUUGAGUCAAGUCGCAAGAGGAAGAUCCGGAAUGACGAGCAGCCAGAACUACAAUCAACGACAUCGAGCUUAAUUUACCUUGCAUCCGGCGACGAAGACGGCAAAGUCCGAAUCUGGGAUUUGGCCUCUCGAAAGUCAGUAGCUCUGCUAGACUCUCAUGUUAGUGUCGUGCGAGCGAUAUGUUUCUCAGCCACUCAGGAGAUGUUGUUAUCCGCGAGUCGAGACAGAACUAUUAUUCUCUGGAAUUCCAAUACUUGGAAGCAGCAAAAAGUCAUUCCUGCCUUAGAAGUGCUUGAAACAGCCGGCUUACUAGAAGAUGGCAGGUUUUGCUAUGCUGCAGGCGAAAGCGGAGUUUUGCGAUUCUGGAAAACUAGCAAUGGACGAGAAUUGACCCCAAAGCAAAAAUCAAAGUUGGAAAAUGAUUCAAUUUCGACCAUCAUACAACUCCCCAGCAACAGUCAGCUCUUAUCAGUCCAUCAAGAUCAUACCAUGCGAUUGCACGAUAUCUCGCAUCUCCAGAGUUUGGGAGACAGUGCUUUAGUUGAAGUGCCCGCAAUUGUUCGCACUAUAUCCGGCAACUAUGACGAGAUCAUCGACAUGGCAUGCGUUGGACCGGCUAGGACUAUGCUGGCCCUUGCUACAAAUACGGAGAGCAUCAAGUUGAUUUCAAUUGCAGACAGUCCUGGCCAACAGGAUCCUUCAGCAACUUCACCUUCAUUUGGCAGUGAUGUUGCUGUUCUUGAGGGACAUGAAGACAUAAUAAUCUGUCUUGAUGUGGACUGGUCCGGUCACUGGUUGGCUACGGGCGCCAAAGACAACACCGCCAGGCUAUGGAGAUUGGACCCGGCAUCUUCAACUUACAGUUGCUUUGCUAUUUUCGCUGGCCACGCGGAAUCCCUCGGUGCAAUUGCAUUACCGAGAAGCCAACCCACAGACGCCCUUGCUGCAAAGAAUCCGGCUGCAUAUGCGCCCGAGUUUCUACUGACAGGCUCACAAGAUAAGACGAUCAAGCGCUGGGACACGGCGAGGUUGAAGUAUGAUCCCACUGUGACUGAGCCACAUCGUGGAGUCAAAGCUUUGUUCACACGAGUAGCACACGAGAAGGACAUUAAUGCAAUUGACUCAAGUCCAAUUGCUCCAUUAUUCGCGUCUGCUUCACAAGACCGAACUAUCAAGAUUUGGUCAAUUGAGGAUGGGUCCGUUGCUGGUAUUCUGCGCGGCCAUAAGCGAGGUGUCUGGUCAAUUCAAUUCUCGCCAGCUGCAACGCCAGCUUUGAACUUACCUGAAGGUGGUUCGAGUGGUUCCCGAGGACUACUGAUCAGUGGCUCGGGUGACAGAACCGUCAAAGUAUGGUCCUUGUCAACAUAUACCUGUCUUCAAACAUUUGAGGGUCACAGCAACUCUGUGUUAAAAGUGAUAUGGCUUUCACCAAGGACAUCGACUCGUGACAAUGAAGCCGUGCCAGACGCGAAACAGCCUCUAAUCGCUUCGGCCUCUUCUGAUACACUCGUCAAGCUAUGGUCUCCGUACUCUUCCACAGACUCAGAUCACCUACUUGCGACACUCGACAACCACAGUGACAGAGUCUGGGCGCUGACAUCCUCCACGUCUUUUAGCAUACAACGAAACAAGUCGGGAGGAAACGGCUCUCCAAACUCGGUUUUGUACCCACUGAUCUCUGGCGCGGCUGAUGCAAGUCUGACGUUCUGGGCUGACACCACUGUUGAAACCGCCACCCUGGCAUCGCAGCGAGCCACCGAACGGAUUGAACAAGAUCAGCUUCUACAAAACCACAUCUUCACCAAGAACUAUCGAGAAGCCAUAACCUUAUCACUUGCUCUGAAUCAUCCUGGCCGCCUCCUCCGAAUUUUCCAGGACGUGGUAAAUUUACCAGAAUCCGAGAAAGAUCCCGGAACUAUUAUGGGCCUGCAAGCCGUGGAUGAUGUCCUUGCGACUCUCGAUCACCAGCAGGUCUUUUCAUUGCUGCAGAACAUUCGAGAUUGGAACACAAAUGCUCGAACAGCAACAGCAGCCCAGCAAACCCUGAACUGUUUAUUCAAGAAUUACCCGGCAAACACCUUCAUUGAAAUGGCGAAAGAGAGGAGGUUUGGAGGUGUCGAUAAGGGAAUGAAGGAGAUCCUUCGAGCAUUGGAAGUCUAUACAGAACGGCACUACAAGCGGAUAGAGGAGUUGGUCGAUGAAAGUUAUUUGAUCGAAUACACCUUGAGGGAGAUGGAUGAGAUCGCUGGGCUGGUCGUGGGGGCCGAUAGCCCGGAAUCACAAGAUAUCGUAAUGGUGUAA